AUGAACUCUCUCAAGACGUUAUUAGUCGCCAAUCGAGGCGAGAUUGCUGUGCGCAUUUUGAAGACUGCGAGGAAGCUCAACAUUCGAACGGUCGCAGUCUACACAGAACCUGAUGCUGCUUCAACACAUGUCCAUCUCGCAGAUCAAGCUGUUCUCCUCUCGGGCCAUCCGUCAAAAGCAUACAUCGAUGGAGACCAAAUCAUAGACAUCGCGAAACGAAAUAAUGUCGAUGCGAUCAUCCCCGGAUACGGAUUCUUGUCUGAGAAUUCCGACUUUGCUAGAGCUGCCACCGCUGCAGGGAUUGUCUUUGCAGGUCCUUCGCCGGAGAGCAUCGAAGCGUUUGGACUUAAACAUACUGCUAGGGAUUUGGCCACAAAAGCCGGUGUUCCCAUCGUUCCUGGAUCGAAGGGCCUGGUGACGACUGAAGAUGAGGCGGUUCAGGUGUCCAAAGGCUUGGGAUUUCCAGUCAUGCUCAAAGCCACCGCGGGCGGUGGUGGAAUGGGAUUGCUUACCUGCAACUCCGAAUCAGAGGUGCGCGAGUCCUUCGCCACAGUUCGAUCCAGAGGCGAAGCUCUUUUCAAGAAUGCGGGGAUGUUCAUCGAACGAUACUACCCAUCCAGCCACCAUAUCGAAGUCCAAGUCUUCGGAAACGGAGACAGAAAAGCAAUCUAUAUUGGCGAGCGUGAAUGCUCCAUCCAAAGAAGACACCAGAAGGUCAUCGAGGAGUGUCCCAGUCCGUUUGUCUCGAGGAAUUCAGGCCUGCGAGAGAAACUGGGUGAAGCUGCCGUUAGUUUGGCGGAGUCCAUCAAGUAUGGCUCGGCUGGUACGAUUGAGUAUCUCGUUGAUGAUGAGACGGGGGCUUUCUUUUUCUUAGAAAUGAACACGCGAUUGCAGGUUGAGCAUGGGAUUACAGAACUCUGCUAUGGUGUUGACUUGGUGGAGCUCAUGUUGAAACAAGCAGACGCCCAGGCUUCUGGGAAGAAGGGCUUAGAGGCGUCAUUCUUGACCAAUCUGCCGCUGAAGGGGCCUUCUGGGUCUGCCAUCGAAGCUCGUGUCUAUGCUGAGAAUCCGAUUAAAGACUUUGCUCCUUGCCCGGGAACAUUACAGGAUGUCGAGUGGAAGGAGAUCCCGGGGUCUCGGAUCGACACAUGGGUCUACAGAGGCAUCAAAGUAUCUGCCAAUUACGAUCCUCUGCUAGCCAAGGUCAUGUACCAUUCUUCGAGUCGACAAGAUGCUAUCAAGGGCCUACAGACUAUCCUAACCGAGUCACGAAUCUGCGGCCCAACAACAAACCUUGAGUUCCUGUCCAAGAUCCUCGAUGACGAGCGGUUCAUCGCCGGAAACACAUUGACCAGAUUCUUGGACAACUUCCAGUUCAGCCCCUCUGCAAUCGAUGUCGUGUCUGGCGGUGCCUACACCCUCAUCGAGGACUGGCCUGGCCGCCCAACCCUUGGCAGAGGUUUCUGCCACUCAGGACCUAUGGACCCAUUAGCAUUCCGCAUUGCAAACGCACUCGUCGGAAACCCCGUUGGUACUGAGGCUUUGGAAAUCACAUUGAGUGGACCCGAACUACGCUUCCUGGGCCCAGCGCUGGUCUCACUGUGCGGUGCGUCGGUUGAUGCCAAACUUGACGGUACUCCGAUCUCAAUGUGGUCUCGGAUCGAGGUCUCCACUGGUCAGCGCUUGACUAUUGGCAAGACCAACGGAAACGGAUGUCGUUCCUAUCUCGCUGUGUAUGGAGGCUUCACCAACGUCGCCCAAUGGUUCGGAUCGAAGGCGACUGCACCGAUGGUAGGCGUUGGUGGCUACCAGGGACGACAGCUUGUGUCUGGUGAUCUCCUGUCUAUUACAAAUCAAUUGCCAAAUGUCAGCGGUGACCUUCGCCUGCCGGACCAUCUUAUCCCCAAGUACCCCGACCGUUGGGAACUUCUCUCCAUGCCUGGUCCUUACGACCAGGGCUAUAUCGUCCCGGAGAGCAUCGACAUGCUCUACGAGACAGACUGGAAGAUCUCGCACAACGCAGCUCGCGGAGGAAUCCGUCUCAUCGGCCCGAAACCCAAAUGGGCUCGUUCGGACGGCGGAGAGGGCGGAGCGCAUCCAUCGAACCUGAUCGAAUACGGAUAUGCCAUUGGUUCCCUAAACUGGACUGGUGACGACCCGGUUAUCUUCCCGCAGGAUGGACCGGAUUUCGGUGGAUUUAUCAGCAGUCAUACGAUUGUCAAGGCGGACUUGUGGAAAUUAGGGCAGGUUAAAGCUGGUGAUACGCUGAGAUAUCGGGCUGUUUCUCUCGCGGAUGCUAUUUCUGCAAGGAAGGAGACAGAGAAGUUUGUCGAUGAGGUGGUGCAGUGCUGCUAUCAAGGACAGGACUUUGAUGGCAUUCAGCCUUUGAAGGAUGAGCUUCCCCCGGUUCUAACGAAGGAGUCUCGUGGAAGUGGUGUUGUUCACCAAAUUCAGGAGAAGGGUAACCAGCCGCUUGUUUCUUAUCGACAGGCUGGUGAUGAUUACAUCUUGAUUGACUACGGUCAUGGUGCUUUCGACUUGAACCACCGCUGCAGAGUGACUGCUCUCAAGAAAGCUCUGAAUGAGGGCAAGGGAGACAUUACCUUCUCCAACGGAUUGAUUGGCAUGGUUGGAUGUGGUAACUCCCUAAUGCUCUACUACGACGGCCUCAAAACCCCCCAACCCAAACUCCUACAAUACCUAACCUCCAUCGAAGCCGCCCUAGGCGACCUCAGCGCAGCCAAAAUGCCCAGCCGCCUCUUCAAGCUCCCGUUGACCUUCGAAAGCCAGCGCCAAAAAGACGCCCUGAAACGCUACAUGGAGACGCAACGGCCCUACGCCUCCUACCUUCCCGACAAUUUAGAGUUCGUGGCGAAGAACAACGCGUUUAACAGAGAGCAGUUUGAGAAGAUUUUCCUAACUGCGAAAUUGAUGGUUGUUUCGGUAGGGUUUUUCACGGCGCUACCGCUGGCGUUGCCGGUUGAUCCGAGGCAGAGGAUGAAUUGUCCGAAGAUGAAUCCUAGUCGGGUUUAUACGCCUGCUGGGUCGGUUUCGUGGGGUGGGAGUUGUAUGGCACUAUACAACGUCGACUCCCCCGGCGGCUACCAAAUGACCGGCAUGACAAUCCCCGGCGUCGACAUUCUCGGCACCAAAAAGAACUACACCCCCAACCGCCCGUGGCUCUUCGAAGACUUCGACCAAAUAACCUUCUACCGCGUAACCGAAGCCGAAUACGAGAAACAACUCGCGCUCUUCAACAGCGGGCGCUACGAGUACGAAUGGGAAGAAGUCAUCUUCGACAUGGAGGAGCAUAAUCGGUUGCUUAGGGAUACGAGGGAGGAGGUUGCGAGGAUUAGGGAGGAGCAGAGGGGGGCGCAGAGGGAGAUGGAUGAGCUUGAGGGGGUUUUGUUGGAGAGGUGGGGGAGGGAGAAGGCGGAGAGGGGGGUGCCGGUUGAUGAGGUUGCGGAGUUGUUGAAAGAUCCUGAGAUUCUGCCUGUUGAAGCACCGCUCAAUGCGAAUGUGUGGAAGGUCGAAGUGAGCCAAGGCGACAAGAUUGGCAAGGACCAGGUCGUUAUCAUUCUCGAAGCGAUGAAACUCGAGAUCGCUGUCCGGGCUGAUCCGGCGGCUGUUGGGACGACUGUUGAGAAGGUCUUGGUCCAGCAGGGUGAUUCGAUCGAGGCUGGGAAGCCUUUACUCUUCGCUAGGAAGGCCUCGAAAUAG